CUUCCUAGUCGCCUGGUAACCGCUUUUGUGCGCCGGUAUUCCACUUGUCGUGACGCUAAACCGGAUUUUACCAUGGCCAACUGCUUUUUUCCAACUGUAAAACCACCUUUCUCGUAGAGAACGUUUCCAUGUCUUCUAAAACUGUUUCGCUUCUGAUUAAAACUGUGAUUCGUUGCUCAUAUUCUGACGCCGGAAAACCGUUUUCAUCCUCGGAAUAUCCUUAUUUUCGCCGCCAAACCACUGCUCUCUGCUCUGUUAGAAAUCCUGGUUAUCUCUCAUUUUCUUGUUGAUUUACGCAGUUUUAUCGCCAUUUUUUGCAGCAGUAAUUGCUCUUUAAUGCUUUGUUUUCUCGACUGAAACUUAGGGUUUCUCUUCUGAAACCGCCGUUUCCCGUGCCCCUUGCUUUUGAAGCCGUUAUGGAAAGCCAUCAUCAUUUGUUCAUUUGAGCAAUGAAACCGAUAAACCCUAAAAUUACGGUGUACGGUGGUUCUCACGUUUUUUCUCACUGAACCACUGGCUACUCUCUCUCUAAAAUAUCUGCACCAGUUGGUUUUUCUCUCUAUAACUGCAUACGCGCAUUUCUGUCUAAAUCCCUUGCUUCCAUCGCCUAAAAGCUUCAACAAACAGUUGGUGUUUCUCUCUCUAACUUACUUCGUUAAUCUCUCUCCGGCACUUAUUUCUACUUAAAAAGUCGCCCUUUCUCUCCUUAAACAGCCAUAACUACGUUCUUUCUUUCCAUCUUCCGAUUUCAUCUCCCACGAAACAAUGCCUUUUGGUAUGGAUUCAAUCUGGCUGCUGUUUGCUAUGGCUUACUCGGCUGGCUCACCUUUGCUCCAAUGGCAAACCCUAACCCUAAUUUUUCUCUCACUAUCAAUCCUCGUCUUCUCUCACUGGUUAACACCAGGUGGGUUUGCUUGGUCUCUGGUGAAAACCACCCAAACCCACAUCAAUGGACCGUUUGGGUUCCCGUUUUUGGGCCAAUUCUUCAUGUUCUCAAGCCCAUUAGCCCACAGCAAGCUUGCUUCCACGGCGAAAUAUCUGAACUCAACUGGUUUAAUGGCUUUCAGCUUGGGUUUUACAAGAGUCAUCAUAUCGAGUAGCCCCCUUACUGCAAAAGAUAUUUUGAAUAGCCCAUCCUUUGCGAAUAGACCCAUUAAAGAAAGUGCUUACAAUCUGAUGUUUCAUAGAGCAAUGGGUUUUGCUCCCUAUGGUGAUUACUGGAGAAAUUUGAGAAGGAUUUCUGCAACUUAUUUGUUCAGUCCGAGAAGGAUCGAGGGUUCUAGUUUUUACAGGAAGGUCUGUGGAGAGAGAAUGAUUGAGGAAAUUGCGGUAGCAAUGAAGAGAGAGAGAGUUGUUGCGGUGAGGAAGAUUUUGCAUUUGGGCUCUCUGAAUCAUGUGAUGAAAGUGGUGUUUGGGAGAGAUUUCGACUUCAAUAGAGGCGAUGGGAUUGAACUGAUGGAUCUGGUGAGAGAGGGAUACGAGUUAUUGGGUUCUUUUAAUUGGGGCGAUCAUGUUCAUUUCCUGGGGUGGUUGGAUUUGAAUGGAGUGAGAAAGAGGAGUAAAAAUUUGGCAUGUAGAGUGAGAAGCUUUGUUGGGAAGAUCAUUGAGGAACACAGAGCCAAGGGUGAAGCUAAUGGCGUUUUAGGCGAUGGCGGUGGUGAUUUUGUGGAUGUUUUGCUGAAUUUGCAUGGUGAGGAGGGCCUUGGUGACUCUGAUAUGGUGGCUGUUCUCUGGGAAAUGAUCUUUAGAGGUACAGACACAGUGGCAAUACUGCUAGAAUGGAUUCUUGCCAGAAUGGUUCUGCACCCUGAAAUACAAUCUAAAGCCCAAUUUGAAAUUGAAGAAUUUGCCGGAAGAUUCACUGGGAAAACAAUACCGACAUUUGAUUCUGGUAUAAAUGAGCUGCCUUACCUUCAAGCCAUUGUCAAAGAAACACUGAGGCUCCACCCACCUGGCCCACUUCUCUCUUGGGCUCGCUUGGCCAUUACUGAUGUUCACAUUGGCCAUAGCUUUAUACCUCAAGGAACCAUGGCAAUGGUGAAUAUGUGGGCUAUAACCCAUGAUGAGAACAUAUGGGAGAAUCCCAACAAUUUCGAACCAGAGAGGUUUAUGAGAGAAAAGGUCGGUGUACUGGGUUCGGAUUUGAGGCUGGCUCCAUUUGGGUCCGGGCGGAGGGUUUGUCCAGGUAAAGCCAUGGGGUUGGCCACUGUUCAUCUAUGGCUUGCUCAGCUUCUUCAGAAUUUCAGGUGGUUGCCUUCUUUGGAUGAGAAAGAGAGUGUGGAUUUGAGUGAGAGGUUGAUGUUGUCAAUGGAGAUGGAGAGGCCUCUGGUUUGUAGGGCUCUUCCAAGGAAGAGUGGUAUUGUUAAUGGUUGAAUAUGGUUUAGAAAGAGAGCAGAAAGGCUUAAUUCUGUUUGCUGAAUUGUGAAUUGGUGUGUAGAGAGCGAGAAAGGUUUCUGUUAGGAUAGAGAGAGGCCUAUUUUGCUUUAGAGAUGGUUGUUUCUCUUUAGAAAGUGAGAGGUAGAGAGAGAGAGAGAUACUUGUUUAGCUUUAGAGAGAGUGCGAGAGAGGGUAUUAGUGGUUGGUACAUUGUCCUAUUUGCAUGUUUUUUAGAGAGAGAGAGAGAGUUAUAUCAUUUGUAUGCUACAUGCAUGUACUUAAAUGUGAAAUGGCCUUUAUUCGAUGUAUAAAUG